CAGCGGAGCUCCAUCUUUCCAUCCCGAGCGCAGAAGAGCAGCGGACGUGUUGAUGCUUUUGGACGUUUUGUUUUUAUUUUUAAACGCCCAGAGUCGAUGUGAAACGAACGCGAGCGGACUCCUGCUCCGUUAUUGUGCUCCAGGGAUCCUGCAGCGAGCGCGAUGCGGCGUGAGGCGGGUGUUAUGAGGUAGAUCGAGCCGCUGCUGCUGCGCUUCGGCCGCGGAGACACAUCUGAGAGAAUCCGCCGCAGGAGCGUUUCCGGCCCGCGCGAGCAGGAACCAUGAGUUUGCGAGAGCUGCAUCUGAACGGUCCAUGAUGAGCAGUGCGUCUGCAGAUCGUGAGGUGCGCUGUCUGCUGUGAACACGCCACGCCUGACCCUCGGCCUGCUGGGAGCUGCAACUCUUUCCAUGUGUUUAUUUGAGGUGCUUUUAUGUCCAGAUUGGAAGCGCUUUCAGACUCUUUUCUCAUGGCUUUGAUUGCUCAGACACUAGCGGCAGAGUUCCUGUCUGCAUCGAGUGGCAAAGUAAUGCGGCCCUUUCUCUGGGCUGCGCUGUGAGUGUCUCGCUGCGGUCCUGUUGUGCUCGUCUUCUCUCUUCUGAGCGUCAGAAUGAGACAUUGUGUCGGGACAGAGAAGAGCGUGUGAUCUCUCACCAGCAGUUUUGCACUGAUCCAGAAAAAUGAAUGGAGGAAAAGAGAGGGAGGGUGCUGAGGGCGGAGGUCAGCUCGCCCAGGUGCCCAUCGGCUGGCAGCGCAAGGUGGAGGCCUCGGGGGUCCUGUAUAUCAGUCCGAGUGGAUCAGUGCUGUCCUGCCUCGAGCAGCUGAAGUCGUACCUGCUGACCGAUGGCACGUGUAAGUGUGGUCUGGAGUGUCCUCUCGUCCUCCACAAGGUUUUCAAUUUUGAUCCUGGUGCGGUGGUGAAGCAGAGGACUGCGGAGGAUGUGAAGAGCGAUGAGGAUGUUACGAAGCUCUGCAUCCACAAGAGAAAGCUGAUCGCAGUGGCGACGCUGCAUAAGAGCAUGGAGCUGCCGCGUCCGUCCCUGACGCUCACCAGCCCCGGCGGAGGCACACGUGUGACCUCCGUGACCCCUAACGCACAGCCUCGAGCAAUUAGGAGUAAAACCCACGAGGGCCAGCCCGAAUGUAAGAACCCGUUCAAGGCGAUGAUGGCGGCGGGGCAGCGGCACUUCUCUCCGGAUCCGUGCGGCCCGCAGCAGCAGGAGGUUUUCCCUGCGUUCUCUAGGCAGAGGCUGGCCAGCGGCGGGCAUGGAGGCAUGCUGAGCCCUCCCUCGCAAGCCUUCGGCGACGGCUCUCUGUCCCCGCGAACGGACUCUCUCGGCAGCCCCGACGGGUUUGUGCGCAACACACCGUGUGGCUUCCAGGGGACCGGCAGUCCCGGGGCCAUGCACAGCAGCAGCCGCCGCAUCCCUCUGUCUUCUCCUGGAGUCAUGAUGCACGGCUCGCCCGCCUCCCAGUCGUCCUGCAUCAUGGCUGGAAGGACAAACAUGCCUCUGUCCCCUUCGGUCACCAACAAGAGCCCCAUCAUGAAGAAGCCCCUGUGCAGCUACCCGCCGGGCAUGGACUCCAGCAGGACUGUGUUUCAUCACAAGGCCCUGUCUGCUCCCGCCUGCACCCUGCAGAGCAAGCAGCUGAGCUUCGAGAAGGACCCUCUUGGCAUCCUGGAUCCGAUUCCCAGUAAACCCAACCCAUCCGCUUUCCAGCCCAGCGCUCACUCUCAGGUACCAAUGAUGAAUGUAAACAUCUCCUCUGAGCAGGGCAGCUUCGCUGUCCCCCCCUGCGGAAGCAUGAAGGUACCGCCGCGCUCGCCCAGGUCCUCCAUGAGCUCGCCCCGGCCCGCUCUGCCCUCCAGCCCAUCUGGCAAACCGGACGCUCUCCACCAGUACAAAGACGUGCCCAGCCAGCUGCUGGCCGGGAUGAGCGCUCAACACAACCCCAUGUAUCUGCCGGCCCCGGGUGCCGCCCCACAGAAGGAGCACCCGGGCCUCUUGGGAAUGCCACUGAACCAGAUCCUUAACCAACACAACGCUGCCUCUUUCCCCGCCAGCAGCCUCCUCUCAGCGGCCGCCAAAGCACAGCUAGCAAAUCAAAACAAGCUGGGGAGCGGCGGGGCGAGCGCGGGGCCGUCUGAUACCGGCAGGGCCGUCGAAGGCCACAGUGCUCUAAAUCCCAUGCUGCCACCCAACCCCGGCAUGAUCGUGGCCGGCGGCGAGGGCCAGAGCGGACGCGCCGCGCUUCGGGACAAGCUGAUGGCGCAGCAGCGCAACCCUCUCCGCAAGCGCAAACUUCCUCCCAACGCUAACCACGACAGCGCUUUCUUCAUGAGGACGCCCUGCCCCUCGACCGAGCAGAUGAGAAAAACCACCCGGCUGCCCUCCAACACGUCGAUGGCUCAGCUGCUGCAGUCUCUGAGCAACCACAGCUCGCACGGGCCCCGGGGCCGAAGCUUGUGCGAGGCUCCGAGCGCGCAGGUCCAGCAGCGGCUGCACGGCCCCGGAGUGGAGUCUGCGGCGCAGUAUCCUGCCGGGAUCAACCAGAUGCAGGCCACGGCGAUGAGAAACUGCGGGCCCAUGAACCAAAGCGGACAAGUUCCUCUCGGAAACCACGUGACGGGACACGCAAAUGCUCACUUUCAGCCGCGUGUCCUGCCGAACGUCAACUGCAUGCUGCCCGGCGGCGCUGACGCCACGACCAAUGCAGGUGAUGCGGCGGCGCUGAGCUGCAGCAUGGCUAACACUCCUCAGAUGAUGGCGUCCGCGGGGCACCUGUACCAUCAGCAGCAGCAGCAUCCGGCGCUGCACGUCUCUGCUAAUCCGGGCCUGGGCCAUUCCUUCACUACGGCUCCUUUCACAGACAGUAGCGUUCCUAACUCCAACAGCUUGCCUUGCCUUUACCAGGAUUAUCAGGGCUGCAUGCCUGACGGCGUCUUGCCGGCUAUGAGCUCUCUCUCUGGAGACGCAGGCCUGUACCGCGACGCUCCGCAGAAGCUGCAGGGUGAGGUUUCUGUGCCGGGGGGCUCUGGAGGUCAGAGUUCGGUGGAUGCGAUCUACAGAGCGGUGGUGGAUGCUGCUGGCAGAGGUGUGCAGGUGACCAUCAGCGCCGGCGUGAGCGGCAGCACACAGGCCAGCCCCAUCCCCGCGCUCAGCGCCAUGAGUGCCUUCACCGCCUCCAUCAGCCCGCCGCUCAGUCUGCCUCACGCCGUCAGCGCCGUCAUUCACACGCCACACGGAUCUGAGGGCACGAGCCGCCCGCCACACAACCGCAGGAGCUCAGAGCAGAACACUCCCGACGGUGCUGACGCCCACGAGUUCUUCCGCUCGCCGCGGCCGCACUGGGACGAGCCCAGCCACGCCCACUGGAGAGGAGAGGAGUUUCUGGAGUGCUCCACACAGGUGCGCAGCAGCAAAGCCCUGAUGGAGUGUCUGCCGGAGAUGGCCUCCGACGCUCAGACAGACGACAGCGCUAGCCUGCGGUUUAGCCACCGCUCCAGAGAGCGGCUGGAGCUCAACGGAGCGCUGCUUCGCGGAGGAUACGGGGAGCCGCUCACAGGAGAUGACCAGUCGCCCGGAUCCUCCACCAGCUUGGAAGGGCCGCUGCUCAAAGACUACACUCACUUCAACGGGCACUUUAACGGACACUGUGCACCCAGCCCCUCGGACACCAGGAGCCUCAGCAGCGAGGAGGAGCUGCGGCACCCAGACUCUCCUUCAGCAGAGCUGCUGCACUACAGGCCCCGGGCCUUCAAUGUGAGCGAGCUGGUCUGGCCGAUCAAAGGCUUCCCGCCCUGGCCGAACAAACUGAUGGGAGAAGAGCAUGGGCGCAAUCCCAGCAUGCAACUGUCAGAACAAGCCAGGGUGGAACCGGAGCAGCUGAAAACACUAACACAAGACCUUCAGAUGCUGGACAGAGCCAGCAAAAAAACCAGGAAGGCGGGAAAACUGAAUCAUCAUUUAGAAGCUGCGAUUCAUGAGGCCAUGAGUGAGUUGGACAAGAUGUCUGGAACUGUUCAUCAGGAUCGUCAAGUCAAGCUGCCCAAACCCAAGAGGAGGAAGAUCUCCAGAUAACAGCAGCGUCAGUGUCUCUCUCUCUCUCUCUGAUCGUGGUGCUACACUCUAGCAGACGACUCAUCGUGGCUCCGCCCUCAUCCAGUGACUGACAGGUGCUGGAUCAGCCAAUUAGAAAAGGCAGCAAAAACAACUUGCUGAAGAACUAUUUUUUUCUAGUGUACAAGGAAAAAUAUCAAAAAUGCAAAAAAAGAAAAUUACUGCAUUUAAGAACACAGACAGUCCAAAUAUUUCUGAUAUGUUUUUGAUGUGUAAUAUAGACAAUACAGAAAUUUCAUGGUAAAAACAUGGGAAGAAGUGUAAAUACUGUAGGAUAAUGACAUGUACAAGCCAACUCAAUGCACACUUUAUCUUCAGCUGUACAAAACACAAAACAGAAAUGUCUCAUCGGCCCAUAAGGCCCUGCGACAUUACAAUGAAUAAGGGUCAAUCUAAGACUUUUCUAAGCUUCAGUUUGAGUUGUAUUUUGAGUGUGUGUGUCGGAGUGGACUUCACCAGCUCAAUGGGUUAGAUGCGGGUUUGACUCGAGCUCGUGGGCUUCUAUAUAUAUAUAUAUAUAUAUAUAUAUUUAGGUCUUCCAGCACUAAACACUAAUACAUGAACAUGUUUAUAAUUGUCCCGUGUCAUUUUGCUGAGUUUUCUGUCUUUAUAUGGUUAAGUUGGUCUCUCCUUUGUGGUAUUUGUUUGAGUUAGACAGCACUGGUUUGUGAGGUUUCAUUGGAGUCGUUCUUACUGUAAUGGCUAACGAAGAGGAAAACUAGGGGCCUUAUAAUGUGUUAUAAGUGAUGCAUGGACUCCCUGUUUAUUUGACCUGUUCAGUUAAACUUGGCAAUAAUACGGCCCUGCGCACAAAGCCUUAUACUUGUGUACACACACACUUCAGUAUUAUUCUGUUAACAGUGUUUCUUUGCCUUUCAUGAUGCACUCAGUAUUUUCUCUUUUAAAGUUUCACUCAUCAAGAAAUUAACAGUACUUUUGGAAAAUCUUCAUUUCGCUGUCCACUCGAUGGAAACCUCCAGUCAUAUCAGUAAUGAAAUAAAAUUUGAUUUACUCUACAUGAAGAGGCCCAGGGGCCUCAUGAGAUCACAUGACCAGCCGAACACCAAUCACUUUAUCUCAGUAACGUGGAAAAGGGGAAACACUGUCAGUAGCUGCAGACUUUAGCUUCCACACGUCAGGAGUCAGAAUCAGUCGAGAACGGGAACAUGUCAGCCAGCCGACGUCAGAAACCACUGAGCGGCCCAAUCUGGGUGUAAUACGGUGAUGUUGUCUUCGUGUGCUGCAUUAUGGAAAGACACAGAUGAGCUGUAGAUGUGUUGAAUCUCAUACAGACUCAGGAAAGUCCUGCUAUCAUUUAGAUUCAAGUUCUAAAGGGGUUCAUGGGAAAUGUCACUUCUGAGUGACAAACUGAGAGGAGUUUGUUUUUGUCUUGGUGUCUGUUGUACUUUCAUGAAUAUACGAUCAGAAGGGUUAGAGAAGUGACUUUAGGGAUCAUAGACUGGGAAAUGGAACAGGUCAGAGGUCAGUGUCGGUUGCACAGAAUCACUGGAGAACACGGUGUGACAUGGACAUCUGCCAGCAACACUAACUCAAUAUGAAGAGCUGAUUGAAUUAUUUUUGUGUGUAAACUCUAUAGGUAUGUGUGGGAUUCGCAGCACAUUGCUGUGUGAAACACUCUCAUCAGCUUGCAUCCGUUUUAAACGCUAAAGCAGGGCAGAUUAAAUAGCAGAUAUUGGCUGUUUUCUCUCCUUGUCGUCAAUCUUUACAGAAAUCUCACUACGAAAUUAAGUGCAAUAUUUCCAUUCCGUGGAACUGGGAACUAUAUCGGCGCAGAUAUCGUUGUAAUGUGUUUCAGAGGAGAAAUGGUUCAAGCCCGUGAACAGACUCGAUCGGCUCGUGCGUCUCUGCUGGUGAAGUCGGCUCUGUUGUUAGCGCAAUGCUGCGAAAGUCUUACUGUUCAAGGUCAAAAACAUUUUGUGUUCAUGUGGUCAGUGUUGCCCAAAACAUUUUCCAUUUCAAUUCUUCAGUCCUUUUCUUUCAUUUCCUGUAUGUGUGUGUGUGUGGACAUUUUUAUUUUAUUCUCUUUGCUUGCUGUUUUUUGAUUGGUAUCUGACUGGUAUUACAAACCUUUCUGAUGUCAGUAUUUUUUUUCAAUACGUAUCCGAGUAUAUAUUUUCUCACCAGUAUGUACUUUACAGCAGUCGACUUUGUAAAGUAUGUUGUGCACUUGAUUAUGUUUGUUUCUGAUAGCUUUGAUGUGGCUGUUAGGUUUAGAUUGUUAAAGUCCAUAAUUUCUUAUUGUUUCAUUUUAUUUUUUAAGAUGUCCUAAACAGCAGUUUUGUAAAUAUUGUGAACAUUACAGGUCAUGCUGUGAUGUGACAUUGAAAUUAUGUUGCACCAAUGUUUCAAUUAAAACCUGGUCACUAAAUCUUGGUCAUUAAA